UAUAUCCUAGCAAAAAAAAAGAGGAGGAAGAAGAAGAGAUUGAGCACAGCAGUCUCCGAAAUUAUAAUGAAGUAGAUGCGUGGGUCCAUGUGACCGUUGAGUAACGUUACAAAGUCCAAAAUUCAAAAAAGUUGGGUCUUUUUCCUGCGAUUGCCCUCCGUUGGCAACGGCCAUUUCCAUCAUUCUUGUCCAUGAAAGCAAGCAACUGAGAGAAGCCGGAAACAUUAAUUGUGAUUGGGAUCGAAAUAAAAGAAUCUGGGAAAUCAAGUGGUUCAUUGUUUCUUUGAGUUCUUUGAGUUUGAGGUUGGAGAAUGGCGAGUCUAGCACCGGGAGUUCUGGUGAAGCUUCUUGAUGGAAUGAAUUCUGGAGUGAAACCUACGAGCGAUCACCGGAGCUCGCUGUUGCAGGUCACGGACAUCGUGCCAGCGGAUCUGGACGAGAAAAACCUGUGGCCGAAGCAUGGAUUCUAUAUCAAAGUGUCGGAUUCUUCGCAUUCAAUCUACGUGAGUCUGCCUUCGGAUCAAGACGAUUUCGUUCUGAGCAACAAAAUGCAACUAGGUCAAUUCAUUUACGUGGAUAAAUUGGAACCUGGGUCGCCCGUCCCAGUGGUGAAAGGCGCGAAGCCACUCCCGGGGCGCCACCCUCUGGUGGGAACGCCAGAGCCGCUGAUGGGUUUAAGAGAGAAAGGGGAGAAAUGUGAUGAUAAAUCAAAGGCGGCAAAGGCAAAGGUUUCGGGUCCGAGGCGGGGUUCUUGGGGAACAGGAACAGGGCUGUGCCCGGGAGAUGGGAAUUCUUCACCCAUGAUUCUGAAGCCCCUUCCGCUGGACUUUGAACAAUGUACCCCCGUGAAGGAGCGUGCAACUCCUAGCUCCCUGAUGAUGUCUCCCAUGGUGAGGGGCAAGAACGGAAUCCGGUCUUCCUUUGGCGGUGGUCUGUUGGGUAAACUCGAAAGCCCUGCUCCUUCAAUGCUUAGGAAAAGCUGUGCUUCCAUUUCCAAAUUCCCUAGAAGCAAGAGCGUGCGCGAGCGAGAACCAAGAGUUUCACCACCAACUCCCUUCAACUCAGCUGUAGCAAAGAAGAGCGUCACUCCACCCCCUAGCUUGCGAAAUCAAAGAACCCCAGCUCCGGCUGCCUCUACCUCCCCCAUGCUGAAGAGUUGCGACUCUGAUGAUAGUGUCACCGUUCUUCCCAUUAACUUACCAGGAAAACUCAGCAUAUUAGGUAAGGAAGCUGUGCAGCAGAGAGAUACAGCGCAGAAGAACGCCCUCCACGCCUUAAGGGGUGCCACUGCCACGGACGCUUUAGUUAGAUCCCUCAGGAUGCUUUCUAGGUUGAGCAAAUGGGCUAGAGCCGAUGCUCCCGCCAACUGUUUCGACAAGUUUCUUGAAUUCCACCAACAAAUCACGCAGGCAGUGAAUGAUAUGGUGUCCAUUCAAGCCGCUACUGAAAUGGCUCAGAACCAGGCUUCCAAAAAGCAACAACAGCAGGAACAAGAAUCUUCCUCCAUACUAAGCGAGAUCACACCCAACUCCAAUAAUCCAGAGUCAAGUUUAUCCAAAAGAAGGUGUGGGUUGUAUAAAUCCGUGGCAGCUUGUCCGGAGAGAAGUGGGCAAAAGAAAACCAAGUUUGGGAAGCUAAAAACAGCAACAGCGUUAUCUGUUGGGAAAUUAGGAAUGGAAAGCAGUGAUAGUGAUGAGAAUGAUGAAAAUCAGAAGCCACCGAUGCCAAUGCCAAUGCCAAUGACAUCAUGGUGCAGCUUGAGCGACACAAUCAAACUAGGAAAGCAGAUUGAAACGGAAGCUGGAAAGUGGUUCAUGGAGUUCGUAGAGAAAGCAUUGGAAGCGGGUAUGACGAAGACCAGGGGAGCGGGGGACGAGGAUGUCAGGAAAGUUCCUCAGUCUCUAUUACUCAAGCUCAUAAACUGGGUCGAGGUUCAACAGUGUAACACGAACAAGAUGGGAGCACUUCAUCCUAGAGGAUCACAAAUUGCUCGCAAAUUAAGGAUCAAGAUCAAGAACCCUUGAUUAUAUUAAUAUCUGCGCACACUCUUUCUGCUUCUGCCUUGUUUUACUUCGUUGCUUUAUCUUUACAUAAUAAUAGCAGUAGGUAACCUUUCUAUUUUUAGCUCAUUUCCAUAUUGUCAAAAUGAGCUCACCUGAAAUUUCCAUCAGAUAGUCUUCCAUAAGAUCUUUGAGGAUUAUGGUAGUUAUACAAUUCUUCUAGUUAUUGCAA